AUGUCUUCUUCAGAGAUGAAUAAUAGCUAUUCAGCAUCCUCCUCGUCGGCUUCAUCCCGAGUGAUUUUUGUGGUCUCUCCGAAACAUUCAUCCUCUUCGGAAGGAACUGAAACUCUCAAAAGGCAAAAACUUGAAAUUUUCUCUUUUCCUCAUCCAAAGUAUAAACAACAUGUAAAGUUUGGACUUUUAACUCUUCAACCAUCCAAUGAUGAAGAAAAUGAUGGAGAAUCAAAAACAAUAUUAUUGGAAAUGGAACGAAUUGGGGACAAGAUAUCGAGUUGGUUCAUUGGAAAUAAUGUCAUCUCCGAUGGAAGACCUAUUGUAUUCACUCCAAUGGAUGUUACCUUUUUGUUGAUAGCGAUUUUAGAGUCUGAAGAGAGUGAAAGUGAAUCCAUGUUUAAGAACAUGACAGAUAUUAUACCGCCUGUGAUACAACGUAUUUCAAGUGUGAAAGACAUGAUCUUAAAUAUUUGUCAAGUGAUGGAAGUUGGAGACGAUCUAUUUGUACAAUUAAGUGCUGAAAAAGUCAAACAAUGGAUGGUUGCCAAAUGUGAUCAUAUAUUUAAUCAAAUCAACAGUAACAGCGAGUUGAAGAACAAACUGAUUGUAUCACAAAGCUCGUUCAAAAGAAGUUUGAAGAAUAAGGAUGCAGAUGAUGACCGAAAGAUCAGAGCUGAGGCCAUUCGGUUUCUCUCUGAGUACAUGGACAGAAAAUGGAUUGAAAUAUUGGCUUCUCACUACGACUUACUGACAGAAAUAUAUCCAAGUAAGAAUUCAUUCAUGCUGACAAAUAAUUCUCAAGUUUCUGCAUCCUCCUCUUCUUCCUCUCAACCAAAAUCUCCCAAACCAUCCUCACAACAUUCUCAAGAAACAGAUGAUUUUCUUGCAGACUUAGAUGCAGUAGAAAAGAAUAAGCGAAAACGUGCCGAAGCCACUGCUGAAAAGAGCAAAAAGACGAAAUCUCAAGAAUCAAGAAAUGUACAAAGUUUGAAAAAGGUCAAUACCAAAGGCAUGAAGUCAAUGGAUUCCUUCUUCAAAAAGAAGCAAUAA